GUGGCGGUGCGCGGUGUGUGUGCGGUCGGACUGUGGUUGAGUAUCUGCUCGUUCUUGAUAACGACUCACUUCGCUUUUCAUUGUGGAGAGAUGGGAUUUCAGAAGAAAUGGCUUUGAGACACUCUGCUCUAGCACUGGUGGCCCUUCUCGGGUUGGUGGCUGUAGGUGAUGCCCUGCGAUGUAACUGCACAACCUGUGAGAAGACAGGGUAUGAGUGUGAGACAGAUGGCGCCUGCAUGGCCUCCACAUACUACAACCAGGGCAAAGAGCAGCACGUGCGCAUCUGCAUCAACCGGGACAACCUGGUGCCCCCAGGACAGCCCUUCUACUGCCUCAGUGCAGAGGGGCUACUCAAUACCCACUGCUGCUACAGCGACUACUGCAAUAGCAUCGAUCUCAAGGUCCCCGUUCCUACCAAGGCAGCCUGGUCGAGCAGUGGCAGCAGCUCGUGGGGUCCAGUGGAGCUGGUAGCAGUGAUCGCAGGGCCGGUGUUCCUGCUGAGUGUGCUGCUGAUGGUGGGCGUGUUUCUGUUCCAGUACCAGCAGAGGGCGUACAAUCACAGGCAGCGCCUGGAGCUGGAGGACCCCUCCUGUGAGCACCUGUACCUGGCCAAGGACAAGACCCUGCAAGACCUCAUCUACGACAUGUCCACCUCCGGCUCCGGCUCAGGCCUACCCCUGUUUGUGCAGCGCACAGUGGCCAGGACAAUCGUGCUUCAGGAGAUUAUCGGGAAGGGGAGGUUUGGAGAGGUGUGGAGGGGGAAGUGGAGAGGAGGAGAUGUAGCUGUGAAAAUCUUCUCAUCCAGAGAGGAGCGCUCCUGGUUCAGAGAAGCAGAAAUCUACCAGACAAUCAUGCUGCGACACGAGAACAUCUUGGGCUUUAUUGCAGCAGAUAAUAAAGACAAUGGCACAUGGACCCAGCUAUGGCUGGUAUCAGACUAUCAUGAGCAUGGCUCUCUCUUCGAUUAUCUGAAUCGUUACUCCGUCACGAUAGAGGGCAUGAUUAAGCUGGCUCUGUCUGCUGCCAGCGGCCUGGCACAUCUUCACAUGGAAAUCCUUGGCACUCAGGGUAAGCCCGGCAUCGCUCAUAGGGACCUCAAGUCUAAAAAUAUCCUGGUAAAGAAGAAUGGUAUGUGCGCCAUAGCUGACCUUGGUUUGGCAGUUCGUCACGAGUCCAUCACAGACACAAUCGAUAUAGCUCCAAACCAGCGUGUGGGGACGAAGAGGUAUAUGGCUCCAGAGGUUCUAGAUGAAACCAUAAACAUGAAACACUUUGAUUCUUUCAAAUGUGCGGACAUCUAUGCGCUGGGUUUGGUCUACUGGGAGAUUGCUCGGCGCUGCAAUGCUGGAGGUAUUCACGAAGAGUACCAGCUUCCAUACUACGACCUGGUGCCCUCAGACCCAUCCAUAGAGGAGAUGAGGAAAGUGGUGUGUGACCAGAAACUCCGGCCUAACGUGCCCAACUGGUGGCAGAGCUAUGAGUCACUUCGUGUUAUGGGCAAGAUCAUGAGGGAGUGCUGGUAUGCCAACGGAGCAGCACGUCUGACUGCUCUGCGCAUUAAGAAAACUCUGUCCCAGCUCAGCAUAGAGGAGGAUGUAAAGAUGUGAACUGUACAAAGAGCUCUAGAGACGCUCAACACUCUAUAUGAAAACAAUACACUACUAAAUACAGACUCUACAUGACAAAAACCUGCCAGUUUAACUACAGCCACACUCCGAGUUGUGACAAGGCCUACCUCACCUUUUUAGCCAAAACUACUGACCGUCAUCUCCUACUCGGGACGUCCUGUUUGUUUUCAUUGCCCCUUCUCCAUAGGCCACUACAGCAUUACUACUGUUUAAUAUUGUUUUUAAUUGCAUCAUGGCAGGAGUUUUAUUACUGUACAGUGAUUGAACGUUGUUGUUAUUUUUACCUCUCAGAAAGCAUCCCACAAUCUUUUUUUUUUUUUUCCCCAAGUUUAGUUUCAUUAUUGCAUUUUGUGGCUGUGAGUGUGCAGGUGGGAGGGGGGUUGGAUGAACUGUUAGCGUGUAGUUGUCUGUUUAAACGAUGUGGGGACUCCUAGCAUGUUUCCUGGAAUAGGCUGUAGUUCUAUAGACCGAUUUCUCUACUCUCUGUAACUUAAGCAUGAACCGCCCGAUUAUGCUUCUUUGAAAAAUCCUAUGAACGCUGAAUAGUUGCACUCUAUUGUAGCUUCCUUGUUGAUAUGUGAGAUUUCUUAUGUCAGGUAUUGCGACCAUGGAUGUGCUCCUGGUGUUUUUAGUCCAAAAUUUGGCAGGGAUUAUUACGGGAUUGUUGAGUUUUAUUUAUUUGUUGAUAUAUUUUUGAUUUUUGAUGAACACUGUGAGAGAAGAUGCCCAAGUUGUGAUAUAAAUUGUACUUUUGUAGUUUUCUCAUGCCUUCUGUUCUUUAGUAGUUUGUCAGAAGGUUUCGAAUGUGGAAAUUCUCCCAGUGGUUACAAAUUGUCAUGCACAAUGAAGAGGAGUAAAAAAAAAAAAAAAAAGCAACGAUAUGACCUUUUUUAAAAUGUUUAUUUUGUUAAAUACACUCUAAGAUUUUUUACAACUUCCACUUUCCAUUUUUGUGUCACAAGAUAAAGGGUUACACUUUAAUUAGCCUUAAUAAAGCAUUAACACUUAAGACUUCAUUCAUAAUUAAGAUUCAAAACUGUUCAUUAAGGGGUUAGGGUAGUAAGGUAGUUGCUAAGCCUAAAUUCAAUCUAUGUUCAUGCUUUAUUAAAUCUAUUUUUUUUUAAAGUCUAAACAUUAUAAGAGGUUCCCAGCUAAUGUGUGGAAAUCGAUGUUGCUCGAAUGGUACUCAGAAAUGAUUUUUAUCUGUGAAAAUCUGCUGGAUUAUUGUAACUCUAUUCAUUUGGAGAUACAGUGGUACUACUGACAUGCCCACAUAAAUGUCCAUGUUAUUUUGUGUAAUCUAUUUUGAGUCCUUUUUAUCAUCUGUAAAUGUCUUCUGUGUAAACAUCUCAUUGACACUGGAAUUUUUGGGAUGAAGUUGUGAAUCCUGACACUGCCCAUUGGUAUUUGACUAUAUUUAAUCAAGGCUACUGGAUAUUUGUAGUUUCAGAUACUGUACAAUCAAUCUGCAUGUUUUUAUUUUAUCAUAUUUGCAGAUGAGAUUACAAAAGACAAUAUUGGGCUAUGUACUGUUACGUCCAUAUAUAGAUCUUUAAAUUUUAUUUUAUUUUUCUGUUCACGCUGUGUAAAAAGUACCCAUUUAUUGUCUCAAAACACUGGCUCAUUGAACUCAUCAACUCCAUUAAUAAUUUUAUUUCUACCAUUGUUUUCAGUUGUUCACAAGGUAGCCCAGAGAUGAUGCUGCUGUAAUGAGGGCUUGCUGAAAAUAGUGGUGUAAAAUGGGAGACUGCAGAUAUGUAACCAAAAUCGUCAAACGCGCCAUCUCUGUAUUUACUUUGGCAUAAAACCAUCUUACAUCUAGUUUAUAGGUAAAGGUUUCAAAAUCACUGGUAGUUUGUACAUAGAUAUACAAUAAAUCAUUUUUCCUAA